CUAGUACAUAGAUGCAUAGUUGACCAUUAUUUGAAUCUAGAAAUUGAUGUGUCAAGUUUGUCAACUUUUAAAUUCUGUGGAGAUUUAAUGAAGAUUUCUUUCACUUCUUUGCCUUCGAUUGUUGAAGCUACCGUUUUUCAAUGGAGUUAUAGACCAUAUGGGCAAGAAUUUUCCAUUAGAACAUGGUUAAGAAAUCUUGUCCAUGUAAAGGAACUCAGUGUGAACUCUUGGUUUUCUCAGUUUAGAUCUUCGUAUUGGGAAGAAGCUGGUGGGAGUAGACCAACUUUUGCCUUGGAGCCUCCUUUUGUUGAGUUGAAAAAAGAUGGACAACUAACAACAGAGUUUCUGCAUAAUGUGAAGGAAAUUAGGGUACAUCAUUUCUUUGUUUAUAAAAGUGAGAUUGAAUUUAUUAAGCAUCUGUUGCAACAGGCAGUUGUUCUUGAGACGUUAUCUUUAACCUAUCAUAGGCUUGAAUUUGAUCCUGAAUUUAGUGAUAGAUGUAAUAAUAGCCCUAAAGAGUUAGUUGAAGAGGAAAUUUUUAGCUUGCCUAGAGUUUCCUCUCUUGUUCAUAUAUUGUUUCAUUAGACAAAUUAUUAGAAGUUCAAAACCUGAGAAGGUUGAAUGCUAUGAUGUUUUGAAGACGUACAGAUGCUCUAAAAUUAUUAAAUAUUUGGGUCCAAUCAUCUAUUACGACAUCAUUAGCCUUUGUUCAUUACACAACAGUUUCAUUCACCUCCAAAGAGUGAAUGUUUCAGCAAAGUUGCCAUCAUGACUACACAGAACAAUAAAGAAACAUGCAGACAAAAUUGUGAAGAACUUGGUACUAUUGUGUCUCAAAAUUUCACAUCAGUUGUCCAUGUACCUUGCACACUAGGGUGUUUAGUUACAUGCCUUGUCUUCAAUUUCACCACCUUUCUUCCCAAUGCGUUUCUUAGCCUGGUUCCAUAAAGAAGGAUAUCUUCAGGAGUCAUAUUCUUCACG